GGAGCAGCAUGGCGGCAACAGAGGAUGAGAGGCUGGCGAGCGGAGAGGGAGAGCGGCUGGAUUUCCUGCGGGACCGGCACGUGCGGUUCUUCCAGCGCUGCCUCCAAGUCUUGCCGGAGCGCUAUUCUUCCCUGGAGACCAGCAGGUUGACAAUUGCGUUUUUUGCCCUCUCAGGCCUGGACAUGUUGGAUUCCUUAGAUGUGGUGAACAAAGAUGAUAUAAUAGAAUGGAUUUAUUCCUUGCAGGUUCUUCCCACAGAAGACAGGUCAAAUCUAAAUCGCUGUGGUUUCCGAGGCUCUUCAUACCUGGGUAUUCCAUUCAAUCCAUCAAAGAGCCCUGGAACAGCUCAUCCUUAUGACAGUGGACACAUAGCCAUGACCUACACUGGCCUUUCAUGUUUAAUUAUUCUUGGAGAUGACUUAAGCCGAGUAGAUAAGGAAGCCUGCUUAGCAGGCUUGAGAGCACUGCAGCUUGAAGAUGGGAGUUUUUGUGCUGUCCCUGAAGGCAGUGAGAAUGACAUGAGGUUUGUGUACUGCGCUUCCUGUAUCUGCUACAUGCUCAACAACUGGUCAGGCAUGGAUAUGAAGAAAGCGAUCAGCUACAUUAGAAGGAGUAUGUCUUAUGACAAUGGGCUGGCACAGGGAGCGGGACUUGAAUCUCAUGGAGGAUCGACCUUUUGUGGCAUUGCAUCACUGUGCCUGAUGGGUAAACUAGAAGAAGUUUUUUCAGAAAAAGAACUAAACAGAAUAAAGAGGUGGUGUAUAAUGAGGCAGCAGAAUGGAUACCAUGGAAGACCUAAUAAGCCUGUAGACACCUGUUAUUCCUUCUGGGUGGGAGCAACUCUAAAGCUUCUGAAAAUUUUCCAGUAUACUAACUUUGAAAAGAACAGGAAUUACAUCUUAUCAACUCAAGAUCGCCUGGUGGGAGGAUUUGCCAAAUGGCCAGACAGUCACCCAGAUGCUUUGCAUGCGUACUUCGGGAUCUGCGGCCUGUCACUAAUGGAGGAGAGUGGAAUCUGUAAGGUUCAUCCUGCUCUGAAUGUAAGCACACGAACUUCUGAGCGCCUUCAAGAUCUCCAUCAAAGCUGGAAGACCAAGGACUCUAAAGAGUGCUCAGAGAAUGUCCAUAUUUCCACUUGACUGGCCCUGGGUCGUGGGUUUGUAGCAUAACUGUAGCUCAAGGUUAAAAGCCAUGUGUAACCAAGUGUGCUCUUUUUUAAGGGGUAGUCUUAAGUCAAAGUUUGUACUGCUAACACUGCAGGAUGUGGUCUUGAUCCAGUAACAACUGUACUGGAUUUCAAGACCUCUGCAGGACUCUGUUGUGGCUCUUAAGUGUUUAUACUGUGUUUCUGAGAAGUUUCUUGGGGGAGAUCUGCUAUAUGUAUGUAUGUGUGUUAUCUUCGUAAAACCCUUCAGUACAAGUUCUGGCUUACAAAAUGGACAUAAAUCUUCAAGUUUACACUUCAUAUGGCAUUGAUAAUCUUGAGGUGAGCAUUUAGUGAUCUCUUAAAAAUGUCUACUGCUGAUGGUAAGAAAUUUGCUUUAUUCAAUUAAGUAUCUGGGAUUAUUCUUUAAAAAAAAUCUUAUAAUUUUCUUCAAGAAUAACAUAAUUUGUGUUAUUCUUAAGAUGUGCCAACUAGACUUGUGUAACCUAAAUGGAUGAAAUUAAAAGUUCAUAGUAAGGAAAAAUAGGCUUAACUAAUACUAUAGUUUUCUACAGAGGGAAUACUAUAUAACUGAGAGAGAAGUGACUGAACUGGGAAAUUAUGAACGAGAAGGUUCUGUGUUGUGUGUCUUUAUUAGAGGUUCCUUGGAUGAGUACCUGUUCUGUUUUGUUUUAAUCCCAAAUCACUGGCUACUUUUUGUUGGGGGCAAGGGAGGAAAUAAUCUUGGCUAUUUAGAAAAAAUGUCAUUCGGUGUUCUAUUCUUCUGAGGUUCAUGACACUGUAAAUUAUACUUGUAUACUUCUUUUUAGUUGCUUGGCUGUUUUCUUUUCUUCUUUUUUUUCAGUAUUUUAUAGCCACUAUAGUUAGCUGCUUUAUCUCUCAUUUACCAGGUUGAGUAUCUUUAAUCCAAAAUUCAAUAUCUGGCCAGGUAUAGUGAGACAUAUGCCUUUAACUCAGCACUCAGGAGGCAGAGGCAGGCAGAACUCUGAGUUCAAGGGCAGCUAGAACUACAUAGUGAGACCUUGUCCGUCCCCUCCCCCC